AUGUCGGAGUCGGGCCUCUCAGCUCGAAAACGCCAAAGGACAGUACAAGCAUGCCAGCCAUGUCGAAAGCGCAAGUCCAAGUGCGGGGGCGAACUGCCUGCCUGCCUGGUCUGCACUUCGUCCAAACGCACUUGCACAUACGACAGCAGUUCCCGACGACGUGGCCUGCAGACGGGAUACGUACGAGGGUUGGAGGCUCUCCUGGGCCUGAUCUUGCGGGAAGCUCCUCGUGAAGAACACAAGAUUCGAAUGAUGUUACGGUCGCAAGAUGUGGACGCCUGGUCCUCCGGAGACGCUCGAGCUGCCCAUAUCUGGCGCAAAUCUGGUCUUUCGAGAGACCUCGAACGCCUUCUCGCUGGCUCAGAAGAUGCAGCGGCGUCAUCCCCCGAGUCUCUUAGCCCUUUGAGCUCACCAGAUGGCGACCUUGAACGAGCCAGGAAUGCGCUGUCUGUUCGUGAGGCAGGCGAGAUGCCGCCUCUAAGCUUGAGAACUACAGAGGGGGAUCUACGCGACCUCUACCAGCAGGUGUUGCCGUCACAGACUUCAGAUCUGGUCGAUUUCUACUUCACAUACAUCCAUUGCUGGUUCCCAAUUCUCGAGCGUCGAGACAUUUUACGCCUCACGUACUCUGAUACUCCGGUGCACGGUCUCACCAGCGGCGACAAGGGCCUGAAAAUCUGCUUGUGGGCCAUUGUGGUCCUUGUUUCGGGCCAAAAGCGCUUGCAGCCUGAAGCCGUGCCCUCAUCUCCGUACAUUCUGACCCUCAUCCGGCGACAAAUCAGUGAGCACGACCAAAGUCCUGAGCUCGGAUUUAUUCAGGCAACCUUGAUCGUAGUCAUGAUCAAGGCCGGCCAGGGUCAUUUUGAGCCAGCCUGGGUUCUGGUCGGUCAGGCUGCAAGGAUGCUCUUGAUCCAUCAGCAGCGCUCACCACGACAUACCCACACCCUGCUGGGCUGUCUAAUGCUGGACAAUUUCCUCUCGGCGCUGCUUGGCAAGAAGCCGUACUUCCCACCAAACGACCAACUCGCUCAUGGGUCUCUCAGCGAGGAUUCUCUGGAGGAAUGGGAGGUCUGGAACCCGCCUUCCAGCUGGAUGGGCACCGAGAGGACCAAUCUUAAGCGCCCGCUACGGGCGAUUAGUACUUUUAAUAUCAUGUCGCGACUUAUGGAGCGUCUGACAAGGGUCAGUGUCUCACCUCUGGAUGCCGCCAGACAAGAAGACUCUGUCAGCGACCUUCGGAACUGGAAGGCAAACCUGCCAGCACACUACCAACUCCACGACAUGAGUGCGUCAAACCCUGCCCUAUUGAAUCUACAUUUGAUGUGGAAUUUCGUGAUGUGCUCUCUCUUACUGAGGACGGCCCGGGUGGAUGCGAAUAUUCUGGAUCUGGCGAAGCAGACUGCAGGAUCGACUGUGGAAAUCCUCGGCAAAGCCAGCGGUGAGGUUGGAGCUAGUUCUCCAUUACUACUUGGCUAUGCUGUGCAGGCGUGGAAGUGUAUGAAGGCUUUGACUCAACUACAGCCAGAUAACACUGCCUCUCUUCUGAUCAUGCGCCUUGAGGCAAUUCAAGGUAGUCUUAGGCAGGACCGGAAGUUCGGGGUCCACGAGGAUCCAUCCACCAUAGAGCACAUCCAACCCGCCCUUCAACCGACGCCUGCAGAGUCUUAUGCGCCUACCAGACAGCUGGAUUCCAAUUCAGCACCGCCCUCCCAACAUCUGUCUCCAAAUGAUAUGCUUGGAGACCUGCGACAGGGCCCAGGGUUAAGAUCUGACUUUGUACCAUUUGACCCUGAUCGCUUCUCGGACAACCAUUCUCUCUCUGGGAUCGAUCGGUUUAGUGAUGUCAAUGACUUUGACGCUCUUUUGGAAGGAAUGCCAUUUCUGGUGCCUGUGGAAAGGCGAGCCGAGUCCUCCGCCUGA